AUGGAUACACUCAAGAGCAAGAUCGAACAGAAGCUGGGAGAUCAUCCCAAUGUUAGCGCGGAUGCCGAUGUGGAUCCCACGUCCGGCGUGGCAAGAGAGACUCAUGGUGAGUGAGAUGCGUUUUGACUCUUUUUGAAAGGAUCGAAAUGCAUUGUGCUUAUUCCAAAACCAGAGAAGUCACCGGUGCAGCAACGCAUCGAGGCCGGACAAGGCUACGGGACGGAUGAGAGCAAGCUUCCUCAGGCGGGAAACACGACGGCGCCGGAGACAACGUCGGCGGGGAGUGCGAGUGGUGCGAUCGCAGAGGGGAAAGGGAGUGAUCAGUUGCUAUGA